CGAAGCGGAAAGGAAGGCUCGCAGGGAUCUACGAGGGGGGAGGCCUUGUGACGGGAGGGUGCAUUGCAGCAGCCUUGAUGCAUCGUGGGCUUGCUCCGGCCCAGACCUCCUCAGGAGGACUCGGUAGCAAAUCGUGGGAGCUUGGUUGCCCUCUUGAUCUCGUCUUUACCGUCGGCUGGCGUCGAGGAGCGUCUGGGAGUCGAUGAGAUGUGCCGAUCCAGCUUCGGCCAGCGUCGAUCUGGCGUCGAUAGGCGUCGAUUCGCAAGGGCCGACAAGCUGGGACGGAAGGCUCCCACGAGUUGCCGCCGGGCGAGGAGGGAGUGCCCGGGCUGGAGGCCGCCCCCCGCAGGACACGUACUACUUCAGCAGCCGCUCGAUGGUGGCCGUCACCACGGUGGACGAGAGCGGCAACCGCAAGACGGACGUGAAGCAGGACCAGAGCGUGCGCACCAACAUCCCGGGCCUCCGGGGCGGCGACAGCAACACGCAGCGGCUGCUGUCCCCGGAGAGCACGCUCUUCGGGAUGCUGGACCGCCUCUGAGCGCGCGGCCGCCCGACCGGUGCCACUGCCGCCGCCGCUCCGCGUGGCGAUGCCGCACGCCGCCCGCCGACCGGCGCAGCUCCGCG